UGUCAACUUAACGGUGUCAACCGUGAGAACAUAAACAAAAGAGCGUGUGAUUGCGCUUAUUUCCCAUCAUUGUUUACCGUUUUUCCUUUGUUGCAUAGGCGUUUUCCUCAGUUUUCCAUAGAUUUCCGCUGCCCCAAUGUGCGAUCCGUUCGGUGCCAGUGAAAAUGAAUAGAGUUUGUUGGUUUUGAGCGAGAUAAUAAUUGACUAGAAAAAGAUGCCACGGCCGAAAGGGAGCAGGAUAAAGUGUUAUUCGUCAUCAACUUCGCUGCUUUAUUCGGGGGCAUUGGUGGUUUGUUUUCUUGUGGUGGCCGGUUGCACCCUGAUCGAAGGGCAGAAGGGGCUUUUCUUUGGGUGCUACGAGCGGGAUAGAUCCGGCCAGUUGGGGUUCCUUACCGAUAAGUUGGACAACUGCAUCGGUCAAUGUGAACUGAACUUUUACAGAUAUGCCGCGCUGUCGGAUACGCAGUGCGCGUGCUUCAACACGAUCCGAUCACGGCAGAUCGAGGAUAAGGAAUGCAAUCUCCGGUGUCGACAGAGUGAGGAUCUGUCGUGUGGGGGUGAUCAUGCGCAAAGUUUCUACGAAACAGGUGUGGAAGUUGCUGGACCAGUGAAGAAUCUCAAGCUGAUUGGAAGCGAGAAGGGAAGUACGAUUGAGGUGUCCUGGGAUCCUCCGUCUCUGGAUGGAGUUCCGGUGGACGAGUUCGAAAUCAAUGCACACGCAAUCUCGACCUACGCCAACUACCGGUUGUAUCCGAUGAGUUGGAGUGUCCACAGUAACACACAGUCGUUUGAGUUGUCGAAUCUGAAGCCGGGAACGCGUUACAACAUCACCGUGACCAGUGUUUCGGAAAAGGGACCCGGAGGGAUGAGGUGGCUGGUGGCACAAACGGAAAUCGACACACCGGAUCCGGAACCGGAGGAGCCGGUCAUACUGAGGCGAUUGGAUUCGACGAUUCAGAUCCAGAUUCAGAAGGCGAUUAACAACAACGGACCGAUUAAUUACUACCGGGUGGUGGUGCAUUACGUGAACAACGAUCUGGUACAGGAGUUCGACGAGAGUCUGCUAGAUACGUACCAGCGGUCCACCGAUAAGGGCGUCCCGUACUACGUUGCGGCGGAGGUGGAAAUGAAGGAUGAUUCUCUCCUGUUCGUCGUAGGCGAUGGUCGUUACUACCGAAACUUCUUCAAUCCUCCGAUUCCUCCCCGGGCACAUGUGCACAUUUCCAUCGGCAUCGUAAGCAUUCUGAACAACGUCAUCAAGGUCCGUUAUGCCACGAGGACCAACGAGCAGCACCAGCAUCCGGACCACUACCACGUGAAUUCAACCAACGCGCCGGAGAGGAACGAAGCUCUCAUCACCGUCCUGGUCGUUGCCUGCGUCCUUUUUGGAAUCGUGCUUCUCGGUAGCAUCGUGCUCUACGUUUACCUACGGUAUAAAACCCCGGGGAAUAACCGCCCCCUCCGGGACCACCACGAGAUGGCAUUGCAGGGCCCGAUUCUGGAAGUGGAGAACAACGGCUACAUUCCGGACAUUUACGAACAACGAGGAUUCGAGGCGGAACUGCACGAUAUCAUCGAUUCGUUGGCGGUCCAUCAGAAGCACGCUCGGAAGAACCUCUCGUUGGAGAUCAACAACAUUCUGGGGUCUGGGAAGUACGGUGACAUACUGAAGGGAAGAAUUCAACACGAAGGCGUCGAUCUGCCGGCUCAGGUGCACGUCAUUUCCGAUGAUAUGGACAAGAUUGAUCAGAUUGGAUUUUUGAACGAGUUUCGACGGGUGAUCAAGCUGGAGCCCCACGUGAAUGUGUUGCAGUUGUACGGAGUUUGCGUAACGCCAGACUGGUGCUACGUACUGUUCGAGGAGAUGCAAACCACUCUGAAGCAGACCCUGCUCAACGCAAGGAUACCAAAUAACGUAAAUAGUCCAAAGUUUUCCACCAUCUCGGAGGAGAUUAUUGUCAACAUUUUGUGCUUGGUGUGCGAUGGAAUGCAGUACUUGAUCGAGAGCAACAUCAUCAACAAGAAACUCUGCGCCCGAACCGUCUACGUCAACACCAAGUUCGAGGUGAAGGUGAGUGCCUUUGGACCGCCUCUGUACGGGGACAACAACGGCCAACAGAUAGACAUUAUCCGCUGGAACGCCCCGGAGGUCAUCAAGUUCCAGAACCACACCGCCAAAAGUGAUGUCUGGUCGUUUGGGCUGCUCAUCUGGGAGUGCUGCUGCCUGGGUGCAACCCCAUUCGGAUCGACCACAACGGAGAAUCUCUUUGCCAGCAUACGGGCUGGCAGCCGGCCGGAGAAACCCAGCUUUUUAUACGAUGACCUCUAUCAAAUGUGCCUUAACUGUUGGGAUCUGGACGCUGGCGAUCGACCCGAAUUUGACGACAUCAGUCGCUACCUGAGACAGACACUGCCCAUGCUGCGCUACAUGCUGUCCUUCGAACGGAACCAAACCGUACAGAUACCGCCGUACUUACCACACCUGGAGAUGACUCCAUGAACAACCGACAGCAAUCUCACAAAUAA